UCAUAACAACGCCGUACUCUUCUGUAUAUAACAAGAGCUCCGAUUGACCUCCUAAACAGGAUGUUUUACAAGGGUUAGUUGUUAGUUUAAAACAUAAACCAGGCGCCUAUCAAAAAGGGAAUAUUGUAGCUCAUCAACAUGAAGGGUCUUUUCCUGGUGGAGCCUAUUGUUGCACUGUACGCUUUCUCCAGUUUUCUCAUCUAUCCUCUUGUGCAGCAGUAUGUUUACCGGAGGCUCUGGCAAGAGCUGACAAACACCACCUAUCCCAUCUCUGACAAUGCCACAAGAUGUGCAGAGAACAGCAGCGCCAACAACCAUUCCAGCUACCAUGAGGAGGUACAGAAGCAGGCAUCUCUCUUUUCCCUCUACACAAAUCUCUUCUCUGCAAUCCCCUCUUUGGUGGUCACCCUAAUGCUUGUGGCCUACAGUGACCGGGGAGGACGCAAGAUCACAAUCAUCAUGCCUUUGAUUGGCACGUUGAUCUACACCUUGUCAUUCCUGGCGAUAUCCUACUUCGAGCUCAAUAUUUACUUUCUCGUUGGCUCAUCGUUUCUCAGCUCCUUGUUUGGCGGCUUGGGCACAUUUCUGGGGGGCUGUUUCGCCUACAUAGCGGACUUGUGUGAGGAUGGUAGUCGGAAAACACUGCGCAUGGCCGGAGUGGACAUGAUGAUUGGCCUGUUGUCUGGCGUGGCCUCGAUAUCAACAGGCUACUUUCUGAAAGCUGCAGGCUUUAAUUGGCCAUUCUUAACCUCUGCGCUGGUUCAGUGUUUUGUCCUACUCUAUGCCAUUUUCAUCCUUGAAGAGACUGUGAAAAAGCCUCCCGCUGAUGCCAUUCUCCUAGAUGGGUCUCCUCAGCGCUCAGCUGUGAAACAGAUGAUCUACGGUAUCUACCACAUGUUUGCAGGGGCCAACCGCAGGAUUAGAACUCUCUUGAUCCUCCUGAUACUAAUUUUCACCAGCUUCUCCUUCGCCUACGUGGGUGGUCUCUCCUUGAUGACACUAUUUGAGCUGAAUGAGCCACUGUGUUGGACAGAGAUUAUGAUUGGCUACGGUUCAGCCCUGUCGAUGUCCGUGUUCCUGACCAGUUUUUUGGGAGUGUCUGCAUUCACGUACUGUGGUGUCCCACAGCUGGUCAUUGUCCUGAUGGGGAUCCUGUCUGUGUUAUCAGGCAUGCUCCUGUUGGCCUUUACAAAGACCACUCUUAUGAUGUAUAUAGUGUGGGUGCCAAUGUUUCUUUCUAUCAUGCCUUAUCCUGUCAUUCGUUCCAUGUUAUCAAAGAUCGUCUCAAAGUCUGAACAGGGAGCCCUGUUUGCCUGUCUUUCCUUCCUGGACAGUUUAACUAACAAUGUAGCGAGCGCAGUCUUCAACAGCAUCUACGCUGCUACGGUGGCAUGGUACCCUGGCUUCGUCUUCCUGUUGGCUGCAGUGCUCUGUGCUAUCCCUUUGUUUAUUUUAGGAGUGGUCAGUGUUAUAGGAGUGAAUGUUACCGAAGAAGUCACAAAGCCGGUCUCAGGGGAGGAGGAUGUUUCCGAAGAUCAGAACGACAGGAUUCCUAUUCUUACCUGAGCCAUAUCUGCCAAAAACUGUCAAGCACUUUUUACUUGAGUCAUUUAUUUUAAAGACACUCAUGUUUUACCUCAAGGACUGUUGAUCUCAGUUUUAAUUUGAUAAUGCAGGUUACAGAUUCUUCUUUGUUUGUUUUUAUUGCUGUGGUUUUUUGUGCUAUUGAAGUUGAACAAGAGGAAGAUACAGCAGGGAGUUGUAUGCAAACAGGUUCUCUACCGGUGAAACAUAUUUUUAAAAUAUGAAAUAUGAACAUGUUGAAUUAGAUCACAAUGGUACCAUAAAUAGGAUUUAAAACACAGAUGUAGGCCAUGCAUCUAAGACCUUACUGUGACAAUGCUAAUGCUUUCAAAAUGAUUGUUUUGAUACGGUAUUGCAGUGUGAUAUGAUUUGCAAGUUAAAAAUAUGAUAGUUUUUUUUUUUAAGUUAUAGGUAUGUGAAGUGAUUCAGGUCUCUCCGCCUUUGGCUAUUACAGUGCAAUGUUAGUAAAUGCCCUUACAAAGAACUCCACUUUCACUUGUUCCUUAAAAGUAUACCAUACCAUAGAAAUCUAGAUUAUUAUAUAAUGUUGAUUUUAUCUUUCAAACAAAUAUACAAUGUAGAUUAAAAAAAAAUCUGAACCCUGCUUUUAGUGAUGUAAAAGUAAACAAAUAUUUUAGUAUACAUGUGAAUGUAUAAAUGAUGUCAAGAAACCCCCAAAAAGAGGAAGGGGGGUGAAAAGGGAACAAGUGAGUCUGUUCUUUUUAGGAAAUGAAUAGUCUCUAUUCACAACUUGUUAUGAUUGUCCUCGAACAAUCAAUUUCAUCCCAAUAGGAAAUCGCAAAGACUAUAAAAGGCAACAAUCAAAAAUGUAUAAUUGGCUUUACUGAGUCAGGAUAAAGGAUGUAGUUAAAUAUAAUAUUGGAAAUUGUGCAGGUUUUAUCAAUUAUGACUGGAAUAUGUUAUUUCUAUGUGUCCACCCACAAAUGUUCCUUAUUGAGGAAGCUGGAUUGAACAGGAUGUACAUUAAGGUAUAGUUUAAGGUGGACCAACCAGCUGCAGGUGUUGUGUUUUUGAAUUUGAAUUCAAAAUGUUGUAUCAUUGAAGUGUAUUUGGAUAUGCAGGGAUGUAGUUUGAGUUUUUUUAUUUAUUUUUUUAUUUGGGAGUUUAUUUAAAAGGUGCACAAAAUAAACCCCAAACAUCUAUAAUAAUGUUAAUUCUUCAGUACUUCUCUUUGUGUAAAAACAAUUUAAAAAAUAAAAGAAAUGAAGUGUUUUGAAAA